AUGCCAGAUUGGGAUCGGGUUUUCAUGGGGUGGACACGUGUGCAUGGUGGAGGCUCGUUGGUUGUCAUGCUUGGUGGGGAGGUGGCGAUAAUGUUAGGUGAUGAGGCAGGAGGGGAUGUGGGCCUUGGUGGAAGUGGUACAGAGGUCGAGGGUUGUGGUGUAAGUGAGGGAUCCGACGAAGUGGGAGUACUGUCACCGAAGGGCACUGGAGAACGCAGACUCGUACAUAUCAGAUCUGUGGGAAUCGCAGCAGGAGGCUUGGUUCUUGGCUUUCUGCCGCUGGUGUUCUUCCUGUCGUUCUUCCGCUGGUGUUCUGUUGGUGUUCUCCCUGGUGUGUCGUCUCUCUUUCUUCUUGAGUUCCUGGUGGAUAAAGGCUUUUGGUUGGUGUUCUACCUUUCUUCUUCCUUCUCAGUUUCACGGAUGCCCUGUGCUGAUGACCGAAUGCUUCUUCGAUUGAGAGAUCAGGAUCGGGGUCAGCAGGAUAGGACUGUUGUAGAUAUUGAUCAGACUGUUAAAUCACAGCAGCAGCAGUCAAGUAAAGAUACUUAUAAUGAACAACAACAACAGACAGAUGCAGAGAUUCAGACUCAGGAGGAGGCAGUAAGCAUUGUAAGCAGAUAUAUGGAUAAGCCUGGAAAGGCUCACUGGUCAGCUGUGAAAUGGAUACUUAGAUAUAUAAAAGGCACUUCUAAAUUGGGAUUGAUAUUUACUGCACAAAGUAAUUGCAUAGUUACAGGAUUUUGUGAUUCAGAUUAUGCUUGUGACUUGGACAGGAGAAGAUCUUUGACCGGAUAUGUGUUUACUCUUUCUGGAUGUGCAGUCAGUUGGAAGGCUACUUUGCAGUCUAUAUUUGCUUUAUCUACCACUGAAGCAGAAUAUAUGGCAUUGACAGAGGCAGAAAAGGAAGCUAUUUGGCUAAAAGGGUUGGUACAGGAUUUGGAUCUCGAACAGGAUUGUUUGGACAUUCAUUGUGACAGUCAGAGUGCUUUGCACCUUGCCAGAGACCAGAUGUAUCACGAACGAACAAAGCAAGUAGAUGUCAGGUAUCACUUCAUCAGAGAUCUGGUAGAGAAAGGUGAUGUCAGGCUUCAGAAAAUUUACACUGCCUAUAAUCUGGCUGACAUGUUCACUAAACCAAUCCUUGCAAUUAAGUUCAAAAAUUUUCUGAACUUGAUUGGUAUAAGCAUUUGGUAA